AAGACAAGAAGAAAGAAGGUUUAAAUAAUUACUAUAACCACUACAAAAAAGCCUUUAUUUCCCAAAGCUAAGAACUUUCAGGACUAUAUAAGUAGGCUAAUCAUAUUCAGAAGACUCUGACCUCCAGUUGCUAAUUUUAAAGAAUCCUAAUCAAGUAAUAUGGCCCAAGAAAUAAAAAAGAUCACAAACAACGACGAAGUGAAACACAACAAUGAUCAAGAAUCCAAGUGGGUGCAUGAUUCAUCUAUAGAUUACAAAGGAAAUACUCCAGCUAGAGCUUCAACUGGUGCAUGGAGAGCUUCCAUCUUUAUCAUUGGUAAGGACUUCUUGUAGCAUGUUUAUAGUUAUCAUAUGUACAAGGUAUCUUACUCUCCCUCCCUCCCAUUUUAAUAGCACAUUCGUUGAACUAAAAUGGACGGAGGGACUUUUGAUUUGGUGACUAAUUUCAAAACUUUUUAAUACAUUAUUCAUGCAUGGCACGUGAAAUUGGAAAGCAAUGGAGUUAAGUGAAAGAGUGACAUACUUCGGAACAGCACUGAACCUUAUCAUCUACUUCACCAAAGUGUUACAUCAGGAUAUCAAAACCGCGGCGAGGAAUGUAAACUAUUGGUCGGGAGUCACAACCAUUUUGCCUUUGUUUGCUGCUUUCCUUGCCGAUGCCUAUUUUGGCCGAUUCCUUGUGAUCUUACUAUCUUCAAUCAUACAUAUAAUGGUAACAUUUGUAUUGUUUUCCACCCGGUUUUGGUAUAGUAUUAUAGCUUGUCUAAUCUUAGUAAUUUUGAAUUCUAGGUGAGGUAAGAUUUUGACUUUUGGUUAAUUAUCAUCAGGGAUUGAGCCUGCUUACAAUGUCACAGUUCAUUCCUAUCCUAAAACCUUGCAAUCAAGUUGAAAAUCACUGCAACCGUGACCCUAAAGUUCACGAAAUCGUAUUCUUCAUUGGCUUGUACUUUCUAGCCCUGGGAACUGGAGGAUACCUGCCAAGUUUGCAAAGUUUUGGCGCAGAUCAAUUUGAUGAGAAUCAUUUAAAGGAAAGAAUGCAAAGAAUGUCAUUUUUUAACUGGUGGGUUUUCGUCGUUUGUACCGGGAUCUUGCUUGGUAUGACAUUGAUUGUUUAUGUGCAAGACCAUCUUGGCUGGGGACUUGCAACUACAAUACUAACUGUCAUGAUGGGUGUUUCUGUGUUAGUGUUCUAUUUUGGCAAGCCAUUUUAUCGGUAUAGGAAGCCGCAGGGGAGCCCUUUAAUUCCCAUUUUUCAGGUCUUGAUUGCUGCUCUAAUCAAAAGGAAACUUCCCCAUCCAUCAAGCCCUGACAUGUUAUAUGAGAUGUCUGAAUCUCAUAACCUUCAUGGAAGGCUACUAUGUCACACAAAUAGCCUUAGAUGUCUUGAUAAAGCAGCAAUAGUGGAAGAUAAUGCACAGCGGAUCAACACCAAGAGACUAGCAACGGUUACCAUGGUUGAGGAAACAAAACUUGUAUUUAAUCUGUUUCCAAUAUGGCUAACAUCUGUGAUAUUUGGAGUUUGCUUGGCACAGUCUCCAACGUUCUUCAUUAAGCAAAGCAGUAUGAUGAACAGAAAGAUAGGAAACGGAUAUGAAAUCCCACCUCCUAGUGUAGGUACUGUUGGUCCGAUCACAAUGUUACUCGCAGUUGCUCUCUAUGAGAAGAUACUAAUCCCGGCACUAAGAAAUGUGAAGGGAGACGAGCGUGGCUUAAAAAUUCUUCAGAGAAUAGGUAUAGGAAUGAUAUUCCCAAUCUUGGGGAUGGCAAUUGCCGCAUUGGUGGAGAGAAAAAGAUUAGGAUUAGCCAAAGAGGAAGUUGAACAAGAAAAUCAAACAGGACAAAUUCUUCCAAUGAGUGUGUUUUGGAUACUUCCUCAGUACAUAAUUUUUGCGAUUGCAGAUACAUUUGCCCUAGUUGGUUUACAAGAGUUCUUUUAUGAGCAAGCUCCUGAGUCAAUGCGAAGCUUAGGCGUCGCAUUUCUAUAUAGUGCACUUGGAGUUGGCAACUUUGUUAGUGGUUUCAUCAUAUCCAUUACAGCAAACAUCACUGAGAAGUUAGGAACCAGUUGGUUUGGAAAGGACUUGAACAACAGCCGUUUAGACAAGUUUUAUUGGCUCAUGACAAUUAUAAGUGCUCUCAACUUGGGUAUGUAUGUUUUCUUUGCAAAGAGACAGAUGUACAAGAAUGUGAAGAAUAAAAUGUCGGUGGCCAAUGACUUGGAAGUUGACAGAGCUCAUGCAAUGACAUAAGAUUUUAUUUUUAUAUCCAUUUCUCAUUGUUUGCAUGUGUAAACAUUCAGAAAGAGCAAGUUUGAAGCUCUCUCAAAAUAACUAGAAAGCAAUGGAGUAGCUUUUUUUUUUCAUCUAAAUUUGACAUUCACAAUAUGAAGUACACAAUUUAAUUGGUUUGGCUUGUUGAUUGUAUAUCUAAGAAUGAAGAUUUCUAUCGCGUCUUGGC